CAGCGCCUUCUGGGAGCGAGCGCGGCCGGCGAGGCAGCGGGCGGGGCGGCGCAGGCUCGGCUCCGCAGUCUCUCGGCCGCCAGAGCUCGGGGACCGCGGACGGCGAGCUACCGAGUCUGCAAGCCCGCCUGAGCCAGAGGAGCCAACGCGGGAUCUCGCCGCCCCACACCCGCGUCUGCGCGCGGAGAAUGCCGCCGAAACUCUGCGAGGCCUGAGCCUCGCGGCUCUCCGUACCCGACGCACGGCGUGGACGCGUUCCCGCGCUUUCUCGCGUGCGGGGCUCAGGGGGGCGCGCCGGCGCUGCGCAGGCGCACGGAGCCGAGGCCGCGCCGGCCAUGGGCGAGGCGGGCGGCGCUGAGGAGAGCCGCCGGCGUGCGGGCACCGAGGAAGAAUUUGUUAAAGUCCGAAAGAAGGACCUGGAACGACUGACGACUGAAGUGAUGCAGAUACGGGACUUCUUACCCAGAAUACUAAACGGGGAGGUACUGGAAAGCUUCCAGAAAUUAAAGAUUGUAGGAAAAAACCUGGAAAGCAAAGAGCAAGAGUUAGAGCAGCUGAGACUGGAUUGUGAGCACUUUAAAGCCCGCCUGGAGUCUGUGCAAGUGGACAACGUGAGAGAGAAGAAGGAGAAACUGGCUCUUCGACAGCAGCUGAAUGAAGCAAAACAGCAACUCCUGCAGCAGGCAGAGUACUGUACAGAAAUGGGCGCAGCAGCCUGUACCAUUUUGUGGGGUGUCUCCAGCAGUGAGGAAGUGGUCAAGGCCAUCCUGGGAGGAGAUAAAGCUUUGAAGUUUUUCAACAUCACUGGUCAAACAAUGGAGAGUUUUGUGAAGUCACUGGAUGGGGAUGUCAAGGAGCUGGAUUCUGAUGAAAAUCAGUUUGUUUUUGCUCUGGCUGGCAUCGUAACAAAUGUAGCUGCCAUAGCAAGUGGUCGUGAGUUCCUGGUUAACUCAAGUCGGGUGCUCUUGGACACCAUAUUGCAGCUUCUGGGAGACUUGAAGCCGGGACAGUGUACCAAACUCAAAGUAGUCAUCAAUGGUUUAAUGGAUGGGGGAGCUUACAGGUCUGAAGCAAGGUCUUGGAACGACUCCCCACCAGGUGUGCAGGACAUGGAGGAAGUAUUUGCUCUGGCCGUCUGCUGGUUUGUUCUGAAGUGCUGCGUGUUAAUGUUGAUGUCCCUGUACAACGUGAGCAUCAAUUUGAAAGGCUUGAAGUACAUUAGUGAGAGUCCAGGAUUCAUCCCUUUGUUGUGGUGGCUUCUGAGUGAUCCAGACGCAGAGGUGUGUCUUCAUGUGCUGCGCCUUGUCCAGUCUGUGGUCCUGGAGCCAGAAGUCUUCUCCAGGUCGGCCUCGGAGUUCCGGAGCUCCCUGCCCCUGCAGCGCAUCCUAGCCUUGGCCAAGAGCCGCAACCCCCACCUGCAGGCGGUGGCGCAGGAGCUCCUGGAGGACCUGCGCGCCCUGCAGCAUGAUGCAUAGCCGUGCUUGGCGUGACGUCUUCUCCUGGGUCCCCACCUUGUCUUCUGAAGCCACCAGCCGUGGGCCGUGUGUUGCGGAUGGCCCGUGAGAUGACUAGAGAGGGGUGUGAGUUCAUAUGUGUCUGCAUGACUUCCUCCUGGAGUGGAAAGUGCUUGAGGCUGCUUGGUUGCUCUUGCCAAAGGGGGGCCUGAGAAAAGACCUGUGCUUCCGUGCAGGGCCUGUCAGCAGCUCACGGAGGGGCUCCUCGGAGCCACUCUCCGCCCAGAGACCCUGAGACCUGCCGGUGCCGCCCAGAAGCGGGAGGUUAAAGAACCAUCUGCCCCCGUCAGUCAGCAUUUUCCUGAGAUACAUUUCUUGAAAAACAGUUCAUUCUCUCUCUAAUAUUUGUAAUGAAUCCCCCCCAUUCGAGUUUACCUUUAAAUCUUCUGGUGAACAUGCUAUUUCAGAUGACAUUGGACGUAUUCGUUCUAUAUUUUUGUGCCUCCUUUAUUUUUGAAUAAAGAAAGUCAGAAGAGUCAUUGGUGUGCUACAACUGUUGUUGUCUGAAAUAUUAUA